UGAUGGGGAUACGCCCACCUGAGUAUUCACAGCGCGUAGUGACGCGCGCGCCAAUGUGGAGACUUUUGUUGUGAAGCGCACUGGUUACCACGCUUAACCAAAACCACGGCUUCUCCUGCUGAGCAAAAAGCGCGGCGACUCAAAUACCGGACCGAUAAAGAGAACUGCAACACUAACCAUAUGUUAAACAUUUUUUUUUAAAUCUCAUGCGUAAAAUUCGAUAGAGUAUUUGAUAGUUCCAGGUGGCGACCAUCCUACGGACUGACAGUUACGUAUCUGUGUCUCGGGUGCGUGUUACAAACAUCUUUUGUGUUCUGCGGUGACUCACAUUUCUAUAUUCUCAAGUAUAGUAAUGGAUAGCGUAUUUAAAGUAGACAGUACUUCUUGUUGAGGUGGCAGCUUGUUUACCUAGACGUGCUCAUGUUUGACUAUUUUAUGAAAUCAGGAGCCGAUGUUUAGGUCACUGGAAUAUCCCUUUAAAUAAUCGUCUUUACGGAUAACAAAUUAACUCGUUAUCUUGCUUCAGGAGGCUGUUGAUGUAAUAUUUGUUGGGGGAGAGCUUCAGCUGAUCUUUUCUGGGUGUGUGCUCCAAAUGCAUUCAUUGCUGGAUCGGAAGAAGAAAGAAGCCGGGGUUGGGAUCGAGCUGUCUCGGAGCUACUCGUUGCCCCAAGCUGCGAGGAUGUUCAGUUGUGUGGGCUGCUUUUGGGUCCUUCUGUCCUCUGCUCUGGUCGCUAUCUGUAGUUUCAGUUUUAUAUCCCCUGCGUGGAUUGUCAAGGACCAUCUGAAAAACAAGGACUCGGUGAGCUUCGGCUUACUUUGGCACUGCUCGGAGUCACUGGACCAUAUGUACAGAUGCUACACCUUCGGAGGACUCGGAAAAUUUGCCGAGAUCCCGUCCAGCUCGUGGCAGACGAGUGCAGUGCUGUGUUCUGGAGGAUGUUCUCUCCUGGCAGUCAGCUCUCUGUUGGCCAUCAUCACCAUCUUCCUGCCCAGCGGAGGCUGUGAGAGGAGGAUCUGUACACUGGCUGGAUACAUGCAGAUGGCUGCGGUGUUUAUCAUGGGAUCUGGGCUGCUGGUCUAUCCCUUUGGACUCAACUCCACCUUGGUGAGAUCCUUCUGCGGGGACUCAGACAUCUAUUAUGCCGGGGACUGCCAGAUUGGCUGGGGAUACAUGCUGGCCAUCGUCAGCGUCAUGCUCACACUCUUCCUGCCUUUCUUCGCCAAAUAUGCCCCAAAGGAGCACCUGUCCCCGACACCCUUGCCCACUCUCUUAUAGGGCAACAACGGACCCCACCCUCAUCCAGUCAGUCUACUACAAUACUCCCUACGUCCGUGUAUGAUGUCAUGGAGAUGGAGAAACCCCUGCGUCCACUUCUUCUGUAGGAUACCAUUUUAAAAAGCCCUGCCCACUGAUAUACAACUAGCCUAUACACAACUGUGAAUAACAUUUAUGUACCGUCUUCCUUCAAGCAGAAUAUAUCUCUUUGAUCUAAUCAUUUACCUUAUUGUUAUGUUCUUUGUUUUACUGUCAAUUUGUGACUGCAUUUUCUGUUUUUUUUCUGGAAAAAAUACAUGUUUGAAAGAAACACAAGGAUUGAUAACAACAACCUCUGUUCAGAUAGACAGAAGUAUACAUAAAUAUUCAUCUGUUAUACAUAGAAAGUUGGUUAAACAUUACAGUAACCAGACAGAGGGUGAUGGUCAGGACUAUAACCAUAAUGACUCCAGGGUGACAUUAAUAGUGGGCAAUACUGAAUAAGUGUAACAUUCCAGAAUCAUCAGAGUUGUUUGCAAGAGAAAAGGUGGGACAAUAAGGAGAAUCUUCAAUUGUCAAGGGUGGCAUGAGAAUAACAGACAAUAUGAAACAUUUCUACAGUUAUCAAAGGACAUGGACAUGCUUCAAUCUUCAAUUUAUUUUACCUUUAAAUCAAUGGGUUCAUGUGGAUAUGGAGAACAGUCAAGACAAUAGGAGACCCAUUUAACAUCAAGACAAAGCAAGGAUCAGAAAGUUAUGACAUUGACUCAGACCCAUAGAUCUCAACACAGUGAGCGCAUUCAAAGACUCCGUCCAGAGGAGUUUGAGGAAAGGGGAUUGUAUAUAGGUUUGGAUCUAGAUGCAGUUUGGAUCCAGUAUUGAACAACACUCUGGCUGUAAGGAUGUCAUAAGAUGGACGUGUAGCACAGUGAAACAUUAGCCUGGGGACUCGCCAUCUGACUUAGCCUACACCUUCAACAUGGUUCUAAAAGGUCAGAGACCAUUCACAUUUUCAACAAGUCUCAAGCAGUGAACCAUUGGACAGUAACAAUUCUAGAGAAAUUGUUGGACAUGUUUUUCAAUGGAGGAGAUGUACCAAACAAUAAAGAAGUGUCUGACCUGCCUUCAAGACAAAUUAAUAUAGAUAAAGAGGUGUGCAUAAUAACACAAUACUUGUCUGAUAGUCAACUUUUAAGGCAUGUGAAAAGCAUUUGUUACAAAUUUGAUGUUGGGAUGAUAUGGCAUCCUUCUACCAACCUUUCCAGAGUUCCUAGUGUUAAUAUGGUUGUCUUGUUAGCCCAAGUCAUUAUUAUUUCAGUUUUUACACAACACAAUACUAGCGAUACACUAUAAUUCAGGACUACGUUAAAUCAGGCGAAAGGCAAGAAGAUAAGAUAGCAUUGUCUUGAAAUUCUAGACUAGAGUGCAGAUAAAGUUGGGGUUAGUUAAUAGUAAAACAGCUGAUCUAGAUUAAAAUAUAUCUGCUCUGACCAUACCAACGUGUGCCUUUAUAACAAAACCAAGACAAGUUAUUUCAAUACUACACUCUUAGAAAAAUGAGUUCCAAAACAGUUCUUUGGCUGUCCCCAUAGGAAAACCAAUUUUGGUUCCAGGUAGAACGCUUUUGGGUUCUACAUUGCAUUGAACCCAAAAGCGUUCUACCUGGAACCAAAAAGGGUUCUUCAAAGGGUUCUCCUAUGGGGACAGCCGAAGAACCCUUUUAGGUUCUAGAUAGCAUAUUUUUUUCUAAGAGUUUAUUAAUAUCAGGUUACUAUCUACUUCAACUGUGGAUAUUGUAGUGUAGAAAUGUUCACAUUAUUUUCCCUGUGUGCUGUACUUUUCCUGUAUAUGUUUCAAGAUGUGCUUCUUCUGUACAUUAUAAUCUUCUUGAAUUUGGAAGAAUGUUCUAUAGAAGAAAAAAACUGAUCUCUUCUUAAAGCUUGAAGGUAAUGAGAGAGAGAGCUGUACUUGUGUUGAAUUAUGCCCCUGACAAUUUAUUCACAAGAGGAAAAUGACUUUAAUCACUAAAUUAAAAGGUUGUGACAUGCAGCUAAUGCAUUAAUUCCUGGCAUGCCCAUACACCAAGUAGAGUGGCACAACUUGAGAGCAGUACAAAUUGAACUUAGCCCGCAGUUAUUAGUGUUAAGUUGACACAUUAUCCAGGUAAUAUGUAAAGUGUGGCUAAAAAUAAUUAACUUCUGAGAUAAGCCAAUGGAUUAGUGUGUUUUUGCCAUCACAUUUCUCCUAAUUUAAUCGUUUUAUUCUUAUCAUGUUUCAUGGACAAAUUGUAUAAUUUCCCUGACUACGCAGCCAAUUCCACAAAUCGGUGUGCUUUUACAUACAUACUGCAUUCCAAGGUGUGUGUGUGCAUGCGAGCUUAAUACUGAGAUGAACGUCAUUGAAAAUUGCCAAAAUUACUUAGAGGAAAAGUCCUGAUAAAAAAACAUAUGUAAUUGUGUUGCCAUGUUUUGAAAAGAAGACCAAGAAAGAAAUGCUGGUAUUUGUAUUGGACCUGAUACUGUGCUUGAUACUGGGAAUGACUGGGGUUCACCUACUGCACAGGAUUUGUACCCCGAUAUAAUGUUGAAACAUUGUGUGUCAAGUCUCAGCACUGGUGAAACUGUUUUUGUAGAGUAGUAGAACUAGUUUUUCCAUUGUAAUAUGUUGGUUGUAAAUAAACUAAUAACUGUAUGUUAUUGUAUCUCACUUUUCAUUCUUAACUGCCCCUCCCCCCCUUUAAAUAUAUAAUUUGACUUAUUACAUCAACAAUGUUUGUUUUAUCUGAAACUUCCCUCUUAACAAUGUUUGCUGUU